AUGGAAUACGCAAGUUCUACUCGACAUAUCUCAACUUAUUGUCUAAGUGAAUCAUCAUUGAAGUUUCAUAUUGAAAUUGAUUAUUCAUCACCAAUAUUUUCUUUUGUUGAUCUUGCAAAGAAGAAUAUAACAAGUGAUGAUUUAUAUGUUUGGUCAACACCCAUUGAUAUUAUUGAACAAUAUCAAAUAUAUUUGGAAACAAAUGAUGUAUCAUUAUCGAAACAAAUAUUCUAUAAUUGUACAUUACCAAGAUUUGGUCCGAUGUGUCAAUAUGAAUUAUAUUAUUAUCAUGAUAAUUAUUCUUCGUUAUAUGAAAUGAUUCAUGGUUACUAUCGAAGUUACGUGUAUAACCCAACGGAUUUGACUUGUUAUACACAUUUAAAAUGUCAUCGUGGUUAUUCACCCGCAUGUUUAGAUUGGACAGAGAUUUGUGAUGGUAAAGUUGAUUGUCUUGAUGGAGAAUAUGAUGAAGAACACUGUUGGCAACUUGAAUUCAACGAAUGUCAACCAAAUGAAUAUCAAUGUACUAUUGGAGUAUGUAUACCUAAGGAAUUUACUCAAGAUAAUUUAAACGAUUUUUAUUGUAUCGAUCAAUCGGAUAAAAAUGCACAAAAUCUCAAUAAUCGUUUUACUAUUGUUAACUAUGAACCUACAUUUGGAUAUGAAGAUAUAAGAUGUGAAACUACAUUUUUGACAAGUUCCUGUGUACGAAUGCGACAUUAUUUACUAUCAAAAUCAAUGUUUUCAGUCAAAGAUAUUUCUGUAUCAGACAAAUGUUGGUUAGCGUUGAAAUGUUAUUUCGGUUUACUACAUACAGAUUAUGUGGAGAUUACAGACGAUAUUAUCGAUAAAGAUUGUAUAACUACGAUAAAAGAUACUUGUCCAUAUAUGUUAUAUACUCCAAAUAUUCCAUCUUUCUAUGGACAUAUUUAUACAGCAUUUAAGAAGAAUGCUCCUAUUUUACCCUUUCUAUGUUCGAACAAAUCAUUUAAUUAUGGAUCUCUUAAUCUAGUUUUAGAUAUGUCAAUGAAUAAUACUAUAUGUUAUAAAAUUUCUAACGCUGCAGAUAUAACAAUAUUUUAUACAGCUGAUUGGAUAUCUCGAUAUCAAACGCCAAUGAAUGAUAUAUUUCAACAAAUAAAAGAAAACAAACCCAUAAUUAAUUUUCCUCUGAAUCGUUGUAAUGAAUCCAACAUAUAUCAGUGCAAAAAUUCAUCCAAAUGUAUUUCAUACAAUCGUUUAAUGAAUAAGAUAUCUGAUUGUCCUUAUUCUGAUGAUGAAAAUAUAUUUGACGAUACAAAUAAUCAAUUAUUUACACAAAUAAAACAUAAAUAUUACGAGUGUUAUUUUACCAACAAAUCUAUUCCUCAAUCAGCAAUUUUAAAUAAUAAUUGUGAUUGUGGACGACUUGAAGAUUUAUUUUGUGAAGAUGAACAUGAAUUCGAAAACUUUACGAAGAGAAUGAUUUCAUUUCAAACGAUUUGCGAUGGAUUUCAAGAACUUUAUCCAAUCAUGAUUGACGGAAAGAAUGAAACAGAUGAAACUCAAUGUGAACAAUGGGAAUGCAAUAAUAUGUAUACUCAUUGCAAUGGAAUAUGGAAUUGCUUCUAUGGAGAAGAUGAAAUGGAUUGUGAUUCAUCACCCGCAUUGUUUAAUUGUUCUACAAAUGAAAGAAUAUGCAUAACGCAGGACACAUCUGAAUUUUCUUGUUUACCGAUUAAUAAAAUCAAUGAUGGUACAAUUGAUUGUCUUGGUGGUACUGAUGAACAAAAGUUAUGCCCACCUACACCUACAAAUGAACAAAGAAGAUUUUAUUGUAUGACUAGCCAUUCUGCACGAUGUGCCAAAUAUCUUCAAUUAUGUAAUGGCCAAGAAGAUUGUUUAUAUGGAGAUGAUGAACAAUUUUGUCAAAAAAAUCGAUCUAUGUCAAUGUAUACUGGUAUUUGUCAAAAUGAAUAUAUAUCAUUAGCUACUGAUGUUGAAAAAUUUAUAUGUAGUAUUUCAACGAGUGUAUCAAAAGCUCCAAUCAAAUAUUUUACUGUUAAUGGAUUUCAUGAAUCAUCUGAAAGUAAAGUCAUUUAUGAGAAUGAACAAAUGAAUGUAAUAAUUUUAAAUAAUUCUCGUUGUCAUCGUGGUCUUGAUUUACGUGUUUGGUUAAAUAAAUUAUCCAAUCGGUUCACAAGUACAUGUCUUUGUCCACCAACUUAUUAUGGAAAUCAAUGUCAAUUUCAAAAUCAACGUCUUAGUUUAGCUAUUGCAUUUCGUGCUCCAGCUCAAUUACGACAAAUUCCUUUUAUUAUCUUAAUUUUACUUAUUGAUAAUACAAAUCAACGAAUCAUUCAUUCAUAUGAACAAUUUACUUAUUUAUCUAUCCGCGAUUGUAACAUUAAAUUCAAUGUAUAUCUACUUUAUUCAACUCGACCUAAACGAAUGAAUAGAACAUAUUCAAUCCAUAUUGAUAUUUAUGAAAAAAUUUCUCUUAUAUAUUGGGGAAGUUUUUUGUAUCCAGUAAAAUUCUUAUUCUUACCUGUUCAUCGAUUAGGAUUUAUUUUAGAUAUUCCAUUUACAAAUGAUCAUCAAAUUUGUUCAAAUAUAAAAUGUCUUCAUGGAAGAUGUUUGAAUUAUCUAAAUACAAAAGAAACAUUUUGCCAAUGUGAAAAAGGAUGGUCUGGUCAAUAUUGUAAUAUUCCACAUCAUUGUACUUGUUCUCCAUCCAACUCAUUAUGUGUUGGUAUAUUAAAUAAUAAUCGAUCUAUAUGUAUUUGCCGCGAAAAUUAUUUUGGUUCAAAAUGUUAUGUUCGAAAUCGAAUAUGCGAUAAUAAUGUUCCAUGUGAAAAUAAUGGUUUAUGUAUUUCACAUGAUGAUUUUAUGUUGUCAUCAUCUAAACAAAAGUAUUAUUGUAUUUGUCCGAACGGUUUUAGUGGAAGUCGAUGUCAAGUCAAGGAUAUGGAACUUAAUCUAAUAUUUGAUAAAGAUAUUCAUUUAUCACAUUCAAUUUUUAUUCAUUUUCUUAGAAUCAUUCCCAUAAAUGAAUAUAUUCCUCGUAUUCCAAAACCUUCACCUUCAAGAUCAACAACUUUACAAACAAUUUCUCAAGCAACUAAUGCAAUUCGAAUUUAUUGGUCACAUCCAUUUCAUCUUACUUUUAUUGAAACAUUAGAUAAAAUCUAUUAUUUAACUGUUAUUCAACCGAUUCAUAAUUAUUCAACAAUAGUGAAACGAAUUGAUUCAUCAUUUCGUUGUCGAUCAAUCAAUGAAUUAGUUAAUGAAACAUUCUCUCGACUUCAUGUUCUUCGUCGAAUGAAAUCUUAUCAUUUAAUUUGUCAACAAAAUUCUCCUACUUUACAAUGUUUUCAUGAUGAUAUUCAUCUUUGUCUAUGUUAUGAUCAUCAACAUAAACGUUUAGCCAACUGUUUUCAAUUUAAUCAUCACAUGAAAUUUGAUUGUUUUGGUCAAAAUCAUUGUGAAAAUGAUGGACAAUGUUUUCAAGACUCACCCGAUUGUCCAAAACGAACAAUUUGCGCAUGUCGCUUAUGUUAUUAUGGAAGUCGAUGUCAAUUUACAACAAGUGAAUUUGGUUUAUCACUCGAUGCUAUUUUAGCAUAUCAUAUUAUUCCAAAUGUAAAUAUUUUUCAUCAAACAUCAAUUGUUAAAUUAAGUUUCUCUUUCACCAUUCUAUUUAUGAUUGUUGGAUUAAUCAAUGGUAUUCUAUCAUUCGUUACAUUUAGAAGCAAAACUGUACUUGAAGUUGGAUGUGGUAUCUAUUUGUUAUGUUCAUCUAUGACCACAAUAUUAAUAACGAUUCUAUUUGGAAUGAAAUAUUUUAUUUAUCUUUCGACACAAAUAUCAACACCAUCUAGUCAAUCUUUUCUAAAAUUUCAAUGUUAUUCAUUUGAUUUUCUUCUUCGAAUUUGUCUCAAUAUGGAUCAAUGGUUAAAUGCAUGUGUUUCAAUGGAAAGAGCAUUUACAGUUAUUCAAGAUGUUCAAUUUGUGAAGAAGAAAAGUAAACAAUUAGCGAAAAAAGUGAUUAUCAUUCUUUUCAUAUUAAUUACUUUAACAUCAAUUCAUGAUCCAAUUCAUCGACGUUUAUUUGAAGAAGAAGACAAUGAGAAUGAAAAUGGAAAAAGAAUCUGGUGUAUUGUAAAUUAUUCUUCAAAAUUACGAACAUACAAUCGAAUAGUGAAUACAUUUCUAUUUUUUAUUCCAUUUUUGAUUAAUUUAAUUUCAUCAAUUAUUAUAAUAACUAAAACAUCUCGUCGACAAUCUCGUCUUAGAAAAUAUCGAUCUUACAAAGUUAUGUUGUACGAACAAAUUCGUAAUCAUCAACAUUUAUUUGUUGCACCUGUCGUUUUAUUUGCUCUUGGAUUACCACGUUUAAUUCUUUCAUAUGCAUCUAAAUCAUAUUUGAUUGACGACACGUGUUCAUAUUCAACAAUAUGUGGAAAUCUUAAUACACAACAAGUAACAUGCAAUGGAUGUGAACAAAUGAAUGAUUUAAAAAAGAAUUAUAAAGAUUUGACAAAUAUAUGGAAAGAUAAAUACAUUGAAAAAAUUCAAAAUAAUGCUGCUUUAGUUAAAGUUGAUCUAGAAAAAUUAAUUCAACAAUCGAAGGAUAAUUUUAACACAUCGAUCAAUAAAAUUGGUGAACAAAUUGAAAAAAGUGAAGAAAUAAAAAAUUUCUCUGAAAUUCAAAUUAAACAAUGGAAACAACAAUUAAAUAAUCUUCAAUUCGAAUAUCAAGAACAUUUUCAUAUUCAACUUGAAAAUUCUGAACAAAUUUCAUUAAUUAAAAUUACACAAAAAAGAAAACAACAUCUCGAUGAACAUGAACAAAUCGAAUUAAAUAAUGAUCGAUUUGAUCAAAUUCUUGGAAAUGGUGAAUAUUUUGAAAAUAAUCUUCUAGUUGAAAGUCCAAAUGAAAUGCGUUCAAUUAUUUCGGGAAAGAAUUUAUAUUUCAAUGGAAAACAUUCGUUACAAUUUCAAAUUGAAGAUGUUUUUAUGACAGGUUGGACACGUUUUUUUGGUUUAAUGACAUUAAAAGAAAUAAUCAAACUUUAUGUUGAUCAAAUAGAUUCUGUUCAUGGUGUUUGGUCAAGUGGAUAUCUUGUUCAAAAUGGAAAAAGAUCUGGUCAUUGUGGAGAAAGAAGAUGGAUACAGGGUGAUUCGAUUACAAUGAUAAUCGAUUGUCAACUUCAAUCAAUUCAUUUGGAAAAUAAACGUAAUUAUUGGUCUCAAGAUAUUCCAAUUAAUACUCAAUUAUGUCCUCUACCAUGCAAAUUCAUGACAAUUAUUAAAGGAUGUCGACUUCGUUUGAUUAAUAAUUCAUCAUAG